CCGCGCUGGUGUAUUAUGAGUCAUCGCCUGAGACAUUCUCACUCGUGUCCUCUCAUCACGUCACCUGUUUGAACGCGGGACCCACUUUUAAUCCAAGCAUCGCGUCUCCUCCAACAGCCCGACGGGGAUUGAGAUGUUCCAGUUUAGGCUCGCCACAGCGCUCCAGGAGUUGUUUAAAGCUAACCUCAAGUGUCUUUCCGUCGGGUGGCGAGCGAGCAGCCACGGGUGCUCGGGCGCCGCCUUCUCCUCUUCCGCCGGGCUCAAGCUCCUCCAUGGCCCCGCGUACCGGGGGGCGUACCCGGCGGCGGCGGCGUCCGGCCACGUCCGUGACUACUGCGUGAAGGCGGGGGGCGAACUGAAGCUGGACGAAGCGAAGAAGAAGGACGACUGCUUCGAAGCGGCCGCUGACAAGAGAAGAAAUGCCGGCAUCCUGCCUAGUCUGGAGGAUUUACUUUUCUACACUGUCGCAGAAGGUCAAGAAACGAUUCCAGCUCAUAAAUUCCUCACUGCUCUUAAAACCACAGGACUUCGGACGGGAGAUCCGAGACUUAAGGAAUGCAUGGAAACACUCAAACAAACCUUAAAGAACACUCCGGAUGGCGUCACGUUGGACAGGCACCAAUUCAAGAAGUGUGUCCAGAGCAACAUUGUUCUGCUCACGCAGGCCUUCCGAAAGAAGUUCGUCAUCCCAGACUUCCAGUCCUUCACUUCCCACAUUGAUGAGCUAUACGAGAGUGCCAAAUCGCUCUCUGAAGGGCAGGUUGCUGACUACAUUCCUCAACUUGCAAAAUUCAGUCCGGACCUGUGGGCUGUCUCUCUGUGCACGGUGGAUGGCCAGAGACACACAGUGGGCGACACCAAGGUCCCCUUCUGUCUGCAGUCGUGCGUGAAGCCUCUGAAGUAUGCCGUUGCUGUACACGACUACGGCACCGAGUAUGUGCACAGUUUCAUUGGCAAAGAGCCCAGUGGCCUGCGUUUUAACAAGCUCUUUCUGGAUGAAGACGAUAAGCCCCACAACCCAAUGGUGAAUGCUGGCGCUAUUGUUUGUACUUCCCUGAUAAAGCAAGGUGAAGGCAACGCCGAAAAAUUUGAUUAUGUCAUGAACUUCUUGAAGAACAUGGCGGGAAACGAGUAUGUCGGUUUCAGCAACGCCACAUUCCAGUCUGAGCGUGAGUCAGGAGACAGGAACUUUGCCAUCGGCUACUACUUGAAAGAAAAAAAGUGUUUUCCUGAGGGGACAGACAUGACGUCUGUAUUGGACCUCUACUUUCAGCUGUGCUCCAUUGAAGUGAACUGUGAGAGCGCCAGUGUGAUGGCAGCCACACUAGCUAAUGGAGGUAUCUGCCCCAUCUCGGGCGAGCGAGUUCUCAGCCCCGAGGCUGUGAGAAACACCCUGAGUCUCAUGCAUUCCUGUGGCAUGUACGACUUCUCAGGCCAGUUUGCCUUCCAUGUGGGUCUGCCGGCCAAGUCGGGCGUGGCAGGAGGCAUCCUGCUGGUGGUGCCCAACGUGAUGGGUAUUAUGUGCUGGUCGCCACCCUUGGACAAACUGGGGAACUCGGUCAGAGGGAUUCAGUUCUGCACGGACCUGGUGGAACUUUUUAAUUUCCACAAUUACGACAACUUGAGGCACUUCGCAAAGAAGCACGAUCCUCGCCGAGAGGGUGGAGAACAGCGGCAGCAAUUCUUCGGACCCAUGGACUAUGAGAGUCUCCAACAGGAGCUUGCUCUGAAAGCCCCCCUUUGGAAAAAAGUCUCACCCACCGAAUCGCAUCAGGAUACCUCCACCACUGUAGUCUAUAGGAUGGACAAAGUCAACGAAUAGUACAUACGUACAUACAGUGUGUUUGUGUGUGUGUGUGUGUGUGUGUGUGUGUAUACACACACACACACACACAUAUAUAUAUAUAUAUAUAUAUACACACAUACAAUUAAUAUUUAUGUAAAUUGGAGGAAUAUUUAUUGCUUGUGAAGCAGUUACUGCUGUCUUUUAUUUGUGAUGGGGAUAUGUUACUCAGUUUAUUUUUCCUCCCGAUCCGCUAGCUGCCUUAGUGUGUAUACAACCUUGUAACUUAUUACAUACCCUUUAUACAAAGGCUACGGCUUGAUUUGAAACCAAAAGUGCGUGCAUGGCGUGGUGUGGCUGUGGACAGGGCUGUGGAUCAGUAGGUAGAGCAGGUCGUCCAGUGACCGAAGGGCCACUGGUUCGAAUCCCGGCUACGACUGUCCACAUGUUCAAGUGUCCUUGGGCUAGACGGUGAACCCUAAUUUGCUCCCAGUGGGCCUGGCAGCGCCCUGCAUGGCAACAGUCGCCCAUUGGUGUAUGAAUGCGUGUGUGAGUGGGUGAAUGUGAGGCUUUGUAAAGCGCUUUGGGCAUUGUGAUGGUGUAGCUAAAGCACUAUAUAAGUGCAGUCCAUUUACCAUGUGUAGAUUUGGUGCAACCAGCUUUAAGACCAGGGGUGGGCAACUUAAGGCUGAGCAUUUAAAUUGUCAAGGGUCCUGUAAUGUUUGUUGAACUUUCUAUAAUUGGUAAGUUAAAAUUGAUUUUUUUUAAAAUAUAUUUAUUACAUGACUGGUUAGUUGAUUUAUUGUAAGUAAUAUAACAAAAAGACAGUAAACAUACACACACACAUAUAUUAUACAUACAAACAUUUAAUAAAUUGUCAAAACAAACAAAAAACAGAUUAGUAGAAUUAAACAUUAAUUUAUUAAACAAUUUGUUAAUGAAAUAAUAAAUCAUAAAAUUAAUGAGUAAAAAUAAUUUUCCUUAAAAUAAACUGACAGUCAUUUAUUACAAAUAAUCCAAUAAAUACAUAAGUCAAAUCAACAAUUUUACAUGUGCAUUACUUUUUUUAUGUAUUAAAUAAAUGGUUUAUGUUGCAAUCAUUAAAUGAAUUAUAAAUUGAAAAUAAAACUAGAUUUGUUUUCUUGUUUCAUCCAAAUGAAACUACUUUUUUUUCUUUUCUUUUUUAAGCCUGACCCAUACCUUCAGUGUUCUUCCAAUCUCAUUUUGCCUGAUGAGAAAUCAUACAAAAUGGCUGCCCUUUUACAGUUGUGUGACAAGUUAAGUGUUUGUUAGUGUUGUCAGUCAGUGGGAUUGCGCUGCAGAUGUAAAACAUCCUGACAGCUCCCGUUCUCAGUUUCAGGAUUCGGUGUACUCCACUUGAUCCUGUUCUGAACACCAAAGCUACCUACUAGCUUCGCUCGUGCUACUUUAUUAGCAUGAAUGAAUGUAAAAUAGAUGGACAGACUAUCGAUAUGAAAACAGGGCAUCUUGACACGUGUUGAAAAAUAUAUUCUGCUGGGCUUGUUUGAAAUAUUUUUUAAUGGCUUAUUAAAUAUACCAUGGGGCUAAAGAGGUGUGAGAAUUUAAAUUUUAUUUUUUUUAUUUUUUAUUUUUUUAUGGUUGGCGAGUCACAUAGACCCGUGAACACUUUUGCUGUAACAACGAAACAAACGUACCAGGGAGGGUUCAAGCCGACGUAAAUCUGUUUUCUUGGGGAAUGUUGGAUUUAAAAGGAACACUUGAGUCCAUGUGUGCGUGUGUGUGUGUGUGUGAGGGUGGGUCUAUUGUCUUCAAACGAGACUACAGGAUACAUAAAUGACGCACGCUAUAUCAGAUUGCUUAACAAUUCAAUAGGAACAAACUAAUCUCUAAUAAGUGACCUAAGCACAGUUAAACCCAGGCAAAGUUCUCUUAAAGCUGCUUAACUCUUGACUGCACUUUUAAAAGGGACAUAUUAUGGAAAAUUGACUUUUUAACUGGUAGUUGGGUAUUAAGAAUGUUUUUGCAUGGUAUAGUUUUGGCCACUUGCUACAGAAGUGUUUACCGACCUUUACGGAGUCGUGGUUUCUAAUGUAAAAUAUGCAUUUUACAUUGGUAAAAUCUUAAUAACUCGUUGCAGUUAACCCACAAUUACACUUUGCCAUCUAAUAGGCGAGCAUUUAACUCAUUCACUGCCUUGGACGUUUUUAUUCGUCAACUGGAAUCCAUCCGUUUACAGCCACUGCUUAAUAUAUUCGUCAAGUACGUUUUUCAACCAGUAGGUGUGGACGAGGGUCUCAGCCAGCUUGUCCGUGAAAUUCAAGUUUGUAAACGACUAAUGACUAAGAUCCCUGUAGCUGGUGGUGAUCCAUGGCUUUGGAUUUGAGGAAAGAUUUUGAGUAGGAAAUUAAGAUUAGGGGCUGAAUUUUGCCUUGUCCUGUCUAUUAGGACGGUGAUAAAUGCCAACACGUUGGAAGUUGAACAAGUUUAGCCAUCUCACUCAGUCACGGUAUAUAUGGUAUAAACAAAGUAUGUGCAGUGGUAGAAGUGUGUCGUAAUCACGGUGAAAAAGUGAUGCAUUUCAUUGCGUGAAUGGCGAACGCCAUGUAAAAAAGCCGCACUUGAGCCAUGCAGCAAGUCACUGCAUGUUAGUUUUAUAUCUUUAAAAAAACAAUUGUUUCCAUUUAAAAAAAAACUCAGCAGUCUUAUUUUGGAGUUUUAAGUGUCACAAAAGCAAAAUAAUAUUAUUGUCAAAGUAAAUGUUCUGCUUGACAUGUUUCUUUUCACCCAAAAAGUUCAUUUUCUCUGCUUUUUUUGUCAGAAAGCUGUGUUUUUGCUGUACCCAACCCGUGUUCUACUGGUGAUAACUAAAGAACAGGAAAAAGUUAGAAACAAACUUUUUUUUAUCUGGUGAAAGAAAAGAGUCUGCUCUUUUCUUUGUGAUCAGUUUGAUGCUUAUAUACUCACAGAACACUGUAGUCUGUGGGUCUUUAAAGAUCAGUCAAAAUACUAUAAAAUGGAUGGCAAUAUGGAGAAGUUCUAUGAAAACUGCUGGCAGUCAAUGAGUUAAAUGUUCUGUGUGACGAUCUGUUGCUGGCAUGGAAAGAUGAGUAAAGAUAUGUGUUUUGUAGUAAGCAAAUAAUAGUAAAAUUUCCCGUGGCACACCUGAUGAUCUGUCACAACACACAAUUGUUGCGCGGCACAGUGGUUGGGAAUCACUCGUCGACACUGAGUGGAAUUCGGCAGCUUGCUUCUGAAAUUCUCCCGCCACAUAAUUUGUCUCCUUUAAGGGAAAAAUCUCAUUUUUAGUCGCAUGUCCAGUAGUGCCUCUAGUUAAGUGUUAUCCUCAAGUGUUUAUAGUGUCAACUGUCACAGUGGGUCUUUAAUCUCACUCUCCUGGGAACGGGAAUGUCGUGAACGUCACCUCAGUGGUGCUGGUUUUUACUUGACUUCAGUUAAACGGCAAUAGCUGCUGCUGCUAUAGUGCAGUCAUGACAAUAUCAGGUUGUGAGGUUUUUUGCUGAUGCUUGACUGUUGUGGAAGUUUUUAUGCAGCACAAAUUAUUCCAAAAGCCUCUGUGGACAAGUUCCAUAGAACUUCGUUGGGGAUGUAUUAGGAAUUUGUUUUGUAUAAUUAUUGCUUGUAUAUAAAUAGUUAGGUGUGGAACUAAAUGACCAGGUCAAUCUUUUAUGAGCUCCCUAUUUCUGAAAAUGUGUCUGUGAGCGAGCCCUUCUAGAUUUUGCCGGACUAUAACAUGGUGAGCAGCGAGCGGUGCAUUUCCAUGAAAUAGGGCCACCCCCUAAAAACUAUUGGUUUUCAAUUGUAAAAAUAAACAAACGCACGUGUCCAUUAAUUCAGGGAUUCUGAAAUGUUUCAGGGCCAGGUAAUUAUAACACCAAUUAAACAUAACUUGCUUGAUAAAUGAAUCAGCAGACUGACUGUCUGUUCGUGAACUACUGUUGUUUUCCUCUCAUUUGCAUGGCUAAACCUCCAAUUGGCCAACUCAUUGCAACCAAUCAGCAUUGAUGAUUCAAAAGCAAAUCACUGUCACCAAUGAGAUGCUUCUCAAUUAUUAUUAUUUUGCUUGUGGACUUGUCACUGUCACUGUUUGCAUGCUCAUUUUUUUGUAUGAUAAAUGACUAUGUGAAAUCACCUCAUUGUAAUGUACAUCAUUAUUUUUUGUUUAUUUGUGUCUGGGGACAUUAUUACAUGUAUGAACAUUAAGUGUGACAUUGGAAAUGUAAGGUUUUGAAAGUAAUGAUAAUUGUUUUUAAAAAUGUGAUAAAAAAUAAGAAAUUGUUAACUAUUGAACCCUACAUUUCCAAGUUGAGCAUGGUUAUUUUUUUUGUCUUUGGAUUUCUUUUCUCUGUCAACAUGAGUGUAACGCUGUACAUUUCAUCACCAUAAAAAACAAUUGUUAACUGUUCCAUCACGUUUGUUUCUUUCACUGUGAUAGUAUAUAUGUGGUGUUGUAAAAAUCCAAUAAAGCACUCCUAGCUGUU